GUCCGCUUCCUCCCCCGUCCGGACGCCACCGCCCGUCAGGCUGUCCGUCAUCCAACUGUCCACCGAAUGUCCAUCAUCCGACUGUCCACCAUCCGACUGUCCACCAUCCGACUCUCCCGCCGACCAGAUCCCUGCCAUCCUCGCCUCACCCCCUUCCCCCCUCCACCGACUGCCUCUCGUGACGUCUUGCUCUUCCCAUCGGAACUUUGACGUCGCGGUUUGGGCCUGGCGGUGGGCAUCGCGCGGCGGGGAGUCGGGAGGGAGGUAGGGGGUACGGGUCGAGGGACGCGAGGUCCCGCCGACGGGAUCAAGGGGAUGCGAGGUCCCGCCGACGGGGUCAGGGAGCGGAGGACAUGGUGAGUGGACGGAUGGCGGUGUGGAGGACUUCGCCAACCGCCUCUUUCACGGCUUCGGCGUCACCAACAGGAUGCGCGCCUCGCUCGUGGUUGCAUUACUCUUCCCGUGGCGGUCGUCUCUUCCCCGUCGCGGUUGUCUCUUCUCUUCGACAGCAAGAAGUACGCUGCCCACCGUCAACGGCGACGUUGACGAAGGACAGUGGACAAGCGACGUUGACGACGGACCCUGGAGAAGCAUCGCAUUGGGAGUCCAUGGAGAAUGAUAGCACUGGCUGGAGCUGUACACAGGACGAAGAGCGGCGGCGUCGUGCACUGGCAACCAACGUGCAACGCGAUGACGGUCGUGCAACGUUGAACGCGACUAGUAAAGUGGCCUGUCGGCAAGAUAACACGUGCGCACGUGGCGCGCACCCGCGAGGCCCAUGCAGAGACGGAGUUGUACGAGCGCGAUGUCGCAGAGGCCGGUCAGAAAAAUGCACAUGACACAAUACAAUCAUUGCCACGGAUCGUACAUACG